AUGACUCCAACUGUUUUAAUAAUGGAGACAGGAAGAGAAAAUGCAGAAAGCCCUGAGGGCUUGAGAGGAAUAGAAAUGAGCCCCUGUCCCGAGUUGGUGGCAGCUGCAGGUGCUAUUGCAGUUUCUUUCCCUUUUGACAAGCGGAUGACCAAGUGGGAGCUGCUCAGGCCCCUCCAGUACUGUGAGGAAGACUCCGGGACAAGAAAGAUGCAGAGAGACCCAAAAUUAGUAUUGAAAAGGAAAGAGAAUGUUCUGAAGACUUCAGGCAGUAAAAAUGGAGCAGGAGAAAGAGUUUUGAAGAAAACUGGGCAUAGGCUCAAUAAAACCAAACAAAAGAAACAAAAAGCAGACAGUCAGAAUAAAGAGGAGGAAUACUCAUUUGAAAGCCUAAAUUAUCUUACACCAGGAGAUCAGGACUCAUCUCAGAGUGAAGAGGAAGACUUUGAAAAGACCAGAAGAGAGUCAGAGUGUCCCUUCACUGGGGGUCUACAGAAUGAAGUGGGAGAUUUUGUGAAUGGCUAUAAAGAAAUAAGAUGGAAAGUAGAUUCUGAAGACAGUUUUCCAAAUGUUAUGUCUAUGGUGGAAUGCAGCACACCUAAGAAUGACCUACCUAAGGAAGGAGGUGUCAUGUUUCUAAGUUUUUCAUCAAUGCCAAAUGAAGCUGUCACUUGUCCAACAGUAACUCAAAAUCUUUCUUAUGUAACAAGUGACGACUGCUCUGGCGUGGAGCUAGGAAAUCAUGAUGGAAACAGGAAUGCCAUUGCACUGGACAUCCAGGACCCACCUGCUGAAGCCCCCUGCUCAUUUAAGAAGAGGAGAGAGAUGGUAGAUAAAAGUCUCUCAAACGUACCAAUUCUGUGCCAUCAACACAGGUCCAGAAUGCCACAUCAAGUUUUAAGAGAGGAAAGUAAUAUAUGCAACUUAAAACAAUUCUUGAGCUUUUUUUUAAAAACAAUCAAUUUAUCUGAUGAAGAAUUACAGCUGAGCUCUGAUAGACAGCCCUAUUUUGAUUACUGGCGAGGGACCCAUAAGUUUAAAUGUGAACAGAGACCAAAGAAAGAUAGAUCACAUAAACUGUCCUGUGCUGACAACAGGGGGCAAUUAAUUAAAUUGAUCUCCACCUCUGUGGAUGCCUCAGAAUCAGGAAGUAGAAACAUUGGUAGAGAAACAUUGGUAGAGAAGAAGCUACUGAUAGAAAAUCAAGAUUUUUUACCUUUACCUGAAACUAUAGAUUUAUUCUUGGAAACAGAAACAAAUAUCUUCAGAAGAUGCUUACCUUUACUGGAUAUACCAAUGAGUGUCUUAGAACCAAUAAAGAAUAAGAAAAGGAGACAGAAAAGGAUUUUCAGUUUGGCACCAAACUUUAAUUUACUGGAACAGAGUCAAAUCAGUGCACAAGAAAAAGAGAAACGUGACCUGGUAACAGAAAACCAUGGACUAAAAAUUAUUUGGGGAGAAAAAAACCAUAGAAUUUCAGAAAUAGAGGAGAAUAAGCAAAAACUUAGGACUUUUGAUCAUCAUCCAUUGUGGCUUUACCUUGAUACUACUGAAGAUCUGUCUAUAAAUAUUACUGGACAAUUUUAUUCUCAUCAUCUGUCUUUUAGCAGACUAAGGCACUCUACAAUUUUUUUAAAAAGCCUGUUUCCUUCUCUUGUGCUACGUUAUAUAUCUAGCUUUUGGAAGGUAUCUUUUACAAAAAAAGAAACUGUUUCUGACUUUCGAUCUCAGACAGGAAUAGGUGAUAAACUAAAUGAUGUAGGGGUUAUUUCUUCAGAAAUUUCAAGUUGCCAACCUGACACUUCACACUCUUUGAAGGUCACUUCUGAUCUUCACUUUUUAAAUGAAAGGGUUGGUGACAAGCUGAAGAGAUGGGAAGAGCCAAAGCAGUUACAGUGCUUGCCAGCGAAGGAUGGCCAAGAGGUAGCAAGCAUUGACUUCAGUUCCCUUGAGCUACUGAUAUCACAAGAGUUUGCCUUUCAGCUGGUAAAGCUUUUCAGAUGUCCAGGAGUUCCAAUGGAAUUCUUGUUGCCUAAUGACGAUGUGGUUCCCCUCGACUGGAAGACACUGAAGAUGACCUAUUUGGAAUGAAAGACAGCAGUAGCUGGAGGAGCACAGGCCUGGAAGUUUAGGAAGAUGACAGAAACGCUGGAAAAGCCAUCCUCCACCUAA